AUGGCGUACACCAAGGAACGUGAAAACUUCGUCUACAUCGCCAAGCUCGCUGAACAAGCCGAACGCUAUGAUGAAAUGGUGGAAGCAAUGAAGAAUGUGGCGAAGCUAGAUGUUGAGUUGACUGUGGAGGAGAGAAACCUUCUAUCAGUUGGGUACAAGAAUGUGGUGGGUGCUCAUAGGGCUUCAUGGAGGAUUCUAUCCUCGAUUGAGCACAGGGAAGAUGCGAAAGGGAAUGAUGUGAGUGUGAAGAGGAUAAGGGAGUAUAGAAACAAGGUGGAAUCCGAGUUGUCGAAUAUUUGCAGUGAUAUCAUGACUAUUAUUGAUGAUCACCUUAUUCCUUCAUCUUCUGCUGGUGAAUCUAGCGUAUUUUUCUAUAAGAUGAAAGGGGAUUAUUAUCGGUAUUUGGCGGAGUUUAAGAAUGGUGACGAGAGGAAAGAGGCUGCUGAUCGUUCCAUGGAAGCUUAUCAGACAGCUUCUACUGCAGCAGAAGAUGAGUUAGCUCCCACACAUCCCAUUCGAUUGGGUUUGGCUUUGAACUUCUCUGUCUUUUAUUAUGAAAUUUUGAACUCUCCUGAAAGGGCAUGUCACCUUGCUAAGCAGGCAUUUGAUGAAGCAAUCUCUGAGUUGGAUACUCUGAGUGAGGAGUCUUACAAAGAUAGCACAUUGAUUAUGCAGCUUCUGAGGGACAACCUCACAUUGUGGACUUCAGACAUUCCUGAAGAAGGAGGUGAGGAACCAAAGGUUGAAUCUUCGCGAGCUGGUGGAGAUGAAGAUGCAUAG